UCGUGCCAGACCUGGACCACAGAGAUACAGCAGAGACUAGAUGAUGGGUACAGUCUCUGUAUUGUGGAGGAUGGAUGCUGUGCUCAGUUUCAGAGGGCGUCGGACAUUUUGCUGGCUACCAAGAGUCCCCGAGGUCAUAUCAGGAUUGUCUACUGCAAGAAGGCCGCCGCUGUAGGGACAGUAAAGCAGCUCGGCCUCUAGCACCGGAGCUCUCACACAGUAACACCAGCCCCUCCCCACCUUACACUUUUUUUUUUCAGUCAUCUGAAAUGGCGCGCAAUUGUAUGUACCCGCCUCUCCGCUGACGUCAUGCCGCUACUAGCCAAUCGCCUGUCUUCACAGCUGCCCGCGCCGGGCCGCGCUGGCCAAUCAGGCUGCAGGCUGGAGUCAGGAGCACACGGUGGUGGUCCCGCGCAACAUGGCGGAGAAUUCAAACUCCUUGCUCGUUCUGUUGCUAGGUUUCGGUCCUCGAUGUUUUAUACGUAAACUGAACUUCAGCGGUUCUGACAUGAAACUGAAACUGUCCCCAGUUCUGGAGGCUGUAAACAAGACCCAGCUAAGUAACGUGAAAAGUAAGAACCACCGUAAUAAAUCAGGUGUGUCGGUGGCCUGCCUGUCUUCAGAGUCUCACCUCCAGGAGCUCUGCCGGCUUCAGCAUGUAUGCUGUGCUCCCCUUGGGGUGAACCGUAAGAAUAUCUCCAACUUUGAAGUGGAGUAUCUGUGUGACUACAAGAGGGUUCAGGAGGAGGAGCUGUACCUUGUAAAGUGGAAGGGUUACCCAGACUCUGAUUGCUCGUGGGUACCACGUCAUCACCUCAAGUGCUUCAACCUCGUCAAGCAGUUUCACAGGGACCUGGAGAGAGAGAUAGUACGGCGUGCAAAGGCUGCUGGGAGUUCCACCAGCAAGAAGGCAAUUGCGCGAUACCCACGUAGGCUAGACUCAAGCCUUUCCCAUCAGUUAGUCCUAAAGGCCAAGCAGAGGCAACGGCUUCGCUUGUGGGAGCAGCAUCUGAACGCCAAGCGUGCCCACACAGGCCUCAUCCUGGUGGAGAACGACGUGGACCUGGAAGGGCCCCCCAAGGACUUUGUAUACAUCAAUGAGUACAAGGUGGGGGAAGGGAUAACCAUUGUUAAAUCGGCCGUGGGUUGCAAGUGCCGGGACUGUUUCACAGACGAGCACGGCUGUUGUCCGGGAGGAUUUAACCAUAAAUUUGCCUACAACGAGGAAGGGCAGGUGAAAGUUAAAGCAGGUUUCCCAAUCUACGAGUGCAACUCUCUCUGCCGAUGUGACUCCUCCUGUCCAAAUCGCGUUGUGCAAAAGGGAAUCCAGUUCAAAUUCUGCAUCUUCAGGACGGCCAACGGAAGGGGCUGGGGGGUGCGGACCUUGGAAAAGAUUCGUAGAAACAGCUUUGUUAUGGAGUAUGUAGGAGAGAUAAUCACCUCCGAAGAGGCGGAGCGCAGGGGGCAAAUCUACGACAGACAGGGGGCGACCUACCUAUUUGACCUGGAUUACGUGGAAGAUGUGUACACUGUGGAUGCUGCUCACUACGGGAAUAUCUCACACUUUGUAAACCACAGUUGUAAGCCAAACCUUCAAGUAUACAACGUGUUUAUUGACAACCAGGAUGACCGGCUUCCUCGCAUCGCCUUCUUCUCUACACGCACAAUCCGCACUGGCGAGGAACUUACCUUUGACUAUAACAUGCAAGUGGACCCAGUUGAUGUUGAAAGCACAAAGAUGGAUUCCAAUUUUGGCUUGGCUGGGCUUACCGGAUCUCCCAAAAAACGCAUUCGCGUGGAAUGCAAGUGUGGCGCAAACAGCUGCCGUAAAUACCUCUUCUGAGCGUCGGAACCCCGUAACUCUCUGUGGGCUGGCGGCUCGGAACGGCUGCUUUCCACCACAGCACUUGAAUGACUGUUACCUGAGAAGAACGCAGUGUUUACACCCCUUUUUAUAGCGCGUCUCUGGGGCUUUUGGAAUCUGCUGCCUUCCAUCCUCUCUUGAAAAAGUUGGUGCUACAGAAUGUUUUAUACUAUAUGAAUUUUUUUUUUUUAAUUGUUUUUUUUUUUUUUUUACUUUUUUAUUCUCCUCUGCUUCCGACUGUGCAGAGCAAAUCUAUUCUUAUACUUGAAUGGUCUCCCGUCCGCCAUGAAACUGUCUGGGACGACGCACCAGGCUCUACUGACGUGAAGCGGGGUAGAUACGCAGUAUCCCUGCCCCUUCUUUUUUAAUGAACAUUUGGAUGGAAUUAAUUAGAUUGUUCUGAACAUCCUCAUAUUAACGAUUAUUUUUAUUUUUUUAUUUUUUUUAGUUCGAUCCUUUUCUGUAAAUAUAUAAUUCUGUAAUCUCA